AGGAUCCGCUCCUGGUUUUGCUGCUCCGCUCAUCACAGCUACACACCUUCCCUCACUCUCAACAGUCCGGCGUUGCCGUGCAAGCAGAUGUUCUUCCUCUGAUGCCAAUUCUAUACAAUUUUCGCAUUUGGAUGAAGGUAUUCUUUUGCGCGAAAGGCUGCAAAGUGGUCAAGAAGCAACAGAAACUGCCUCCCUCCUCGGCUCAGUGAGAGAGGGGGAGUUGUGAACGGAUAGCUGCUUUGGAGAAAUAUACAGCACAGUAAAAACGAGCGGCGGCGAGCAGGCAGCAGUUUAUUUACCACACCUGUGAUGCGUUGUUCUGAGCAACGAAGACGCACGGCUGGGGUAGGCUACUGAUGGCCACGAUACGGCGGGAGGAGGCUAUGUGCUGAGGAAAAGACUUGGGGCGUUGUGAACAAAGCGUUAAGUGAUACAGAGGACACUCUCCGGACCUUAAGAAGCCCAGUGUGCCAGUGUUUCUUCUCUGCUCGCUGCCUUUUCAAACUUGGGUUGAUAAAAACAAAAACAAAACAAAAAACACGAAGAUGCCCUUACUUCUGGGCCCCUUUGUCCGCUGUAGGUUCAGCGCUACGCUCCUUGUGCUCUGGCUCGGCUUCGCCGUCUUCACCUGCACUGGUUCCGAGCAUGCCACAGCAACACUUCCUGCCGCCUUCUCGGACCUGUUACCUCACUUCCUGGUGGAGCCAGAGGACGAGUUCAUCGUGAAGAACAAGCCGGUGACGCUGACCUGCCGCUCCACCCCGGCCACGCAGAUCUACUUCAAGUGCAACGGAGAGUGGGUUCACCAGGACGACCACUUGAUCGAGCGGACUGUUGACCCAGCCACAGCGCUGCCAAUCAUGCAGGUGAAAAUUGACAUCACCAGACAGCAGGUGGAGAAGAUCUUCGGGCUCGAUGAGUACUGGUGUCAGUGUGUCGCCUGGAGCACCACCGGAACUCAGAAGAGCCAAAAGGCGUACAUCAGGAUUGCUUACCUGAGAAAGAACUUUGAGGAGGAGCCGCAGGGUAAAGAGGUGGCAUUGGACCAGGAGGUGUUACUGCGCUGCCAUCCUCCCGAGGGAGUGCCACAAGCCGAGGUGGAGUGGCAGAGAAACGAGGAUGUGAUCAACCCAGCGAGCGACCCCAAUUUUUUCAUCACAGCUGACCAUAAUCUUGUCAUCAAAAAAGCCCGGCUGGCGGACACGGGCAACUACACGUGUGUGGCCAAAAACAUCGUUGCUCGCCGCAAAAGCACCUCUGCCACGGUCCUAGUUUAUGUAGACGGAGGCUGGAGCGAGUGGAGCAAGUGGUCAGCGUGUGGUGCAGACUGUUCGAUGUGGAGGAGCAGGGAGUGCACCCAGCCGUCACCUGGCACCGGGGGCAAAGACUGUCAAGGGCUCGACCUCCAGUCUCUCAACUGUACCAGCGAGCAGUGCCCACAGACCGUGAGCGGGGCCGAGGAUGUGGCGCUCUACGUGGGCAUAGUGGCGGUGGCUCUGUGUCUGACUUUGCUGCUCAUCGUGGUGGUCCUGGUCUACCGGCGCAAGAAGGAGGACCUGGAUGCCGACGUAGCAGACUCCUCCAUCCUCACCACUGGCUUCCAGCCCAUGGGCAUCAAGCCCAGCAAGCCAGGUGUGUGGGCACCGCGGCCACGCAGGCCUCCCCCCCACAGCAAGAAUUCCCAUUUGCUCACCAUCCAGCCUGAUCUAACCACUACCACCACCAGUUACCAAGGCACCCUACGCUCACGCCAUGAAGCCACUGGAAAGUUUUCAAUGACCAACGGGCCUCUGCUGGACCCGCUUCCCAACGGCUCGCACACUCUGCACAACGGCAAGCUUACCUCAGACCCUGCUGAGUUUGUGAGCAGGCUGUCCACUCAGAGCUACUUUAAAACGCUGCCCCGCGAUGUAGCGAACACCUCCUAUGGGACCUUCAACUUCCUGGGAGGGAGGCUGACGAUCCCCAACACAGGAAUCAGUCUGCUCAUUCCUCCCGAGGCCAUCCCCAGAGGAAAGAUCUAUGAGAUUUAUCUCACUGUUCAGAGGAAGGAAGAUUUAAGGUUACCCCUGGCCGGCUGCCAGACCGUGCUCAGCCCCGUAGUGAGUUGUGGCCCUCCAGGGGUGGUCCUGAGCCGGCCAGUUAUCCUCAGCAUGGACCACUGCUCUGACGCAUGCCUCGAUAACUGGGCCGUCCGCCUCAAGAAGCAGAACUAUGAGGGCACUUGGGAGGACGUCCUGCUGAUGGGGGAAGAGCUGGUGUCGGAGCCCUAUUACUGCCAGCUCGAGGCCGAGACGUGCCGGCUUUUCUCGGAGCAGCUGGGCACCCUCGCCCUGGUGGGAGAGUCCCUGCACAUGGGCGCUGCCAAGCGCCUGAGGCUGGUGCUCUUCUCCGAUGCGUACUGCUCCACGCUGGAGUACAACAUCAGGGUCUACUGCAUGGACGACACACAAGACGUCUUCAAGGAGGUGAUGCAGAUGGAGCGCCAGCUCGGGGGUCGACUGAUUGACGAGCCUCACGUCCUGCUUUUCAAAGACAGCUACCACAACCUGCGCCUGUCCAUCCAUGACAUGCCCCAGGCGCACUGGAGGAGCAAGCUGCUAGCCGGCUACCAGGAGAUCCCGUUCUACCACAUCUGGAACGGUUCCCAGCGGUACCUGCACUGCACGUUCACUCUGGAGCGGCUCAGCCUCAGCACCUGCGAGCUCACCUGCCAGCUGUGCGUGUGGCAGGUGGAGGGGGAGGGACAGAGCUUUAGCCUCGACUUUAACAUCGCCAAGGCUGUGCUUCACGGCUGUCUUUCCUACCAGGACACCCGAGCUGUGGACUCCGAGUUCCUGUUAAUGGACAGUAACGCCACGGCUCUGGCAGGCCCCAGCGCAUUUCAGAUCCCGUACCUCAUCAGGCAGAAGAUCUGCAGCAGCCUGGAUGCCCCCUGUCCCAACGGAGCCGACUGGAGAAUGCUAGCACAAAGACUCAAACUUGAGAGACACAUGAGUUUCUUUGCAUCCAAAGCGAGCCCAACCUCUAUGAUCCUGGACCUGUGGGAGGCACAACAUUUCCACAGCGGCAACAUCAACCAGCUGGCCACCGUCAUGGCUGACAUUGGCAAACAAGAAGCCAUGAUAUUCCUGGUCUCUGAUGGCGAGUGCUAACCCAGAAAAGGGGGAGAGACUGGUGCAGAGGAAAAAGUACAGAACACAGCAACACACACAAAAACAACAAUUACAGCAGCAGGAAUCGAAGAGCAGAGCUGUCCUCGUGUCCCUCUUCUUUGCUAGAAGAUAGUGAAGGGUAUAUGUAGGAUUGAGUCCCUAUAUCUCAUCCGACAGAGUAAAUAUCUUUAAAUGACAGACCAAAUGACAGUUUGGGUGUGUGGGGAAAUGUAUUCAUGAACUCUGUUAAAAAGAAAAAAAUAAACUUUAUUUUCCAUUAAAAUUUGAAGUUAAAUUAAUCCACACACUCGUUCUACUUUAAAGAUAACAUAACAUUAACAUAAUGCCUUUUAUAUAAAUGGGCCAUUUAUGGCUGAUAAGGAGCAAUAUGCAAAGUAAUGCUAUUCCUGAUGGCCAAUAUUGCAAAUUCAAUGGAUUUUUUUUUUAACUUAAUUUAAAAAUUGACAUUAAAUAUCUAAUAAAAGGGA